GUCUUUUCUCUUUACUCUUAUCCUAGAGCAUUCUAGUCGUUCCCUUGACUUUUUAAUUUAUCUUGCCUCAACUCUACACAAUCGCUGGUUUCGAUUAUCCUUCCACAUACCAUUAGCAUCCCACCUUCCCAACAUGCACGUGAACAAGAGGAUCGGCAGAUUCAAACAAUGGGCUGGAGAACGCAUGGGCGGAGAGGCCAAGACCUGUCUCUCUGAUGAUUUCAAGGCAAUGGAGACGGAGAUGGGUGUGCGACAUGAAGGCGUUGACCGCAUUCAUAAAUCCAUGACCUGUUAUGUCAAGGCUAUCUCGAAGCGCAAUGAGGGAGACGACAAGGAGAAAACCCUCCCGAUUGCCCAUUUGGGAAGCAGCAUGGUGACCCACGGCGAAGACUUCGAUGGGAACUCAGAAUACGGACAGUGCCUGAUCAUGUUUGGGCGCACCGAGGAGCGCAUUGCACGCAUCCAGGAAAGCUACAUUGCACAGGCGACUUCAAGCUGGCUUGAGUCCCUGGAAAGAUCCCUGACUCAGAUGAAAGACUUGCAGCAUGCUCGCAAGAAGCUCGACAGCCGACGACUGGCAUACGAUACUUCUCUCUCCAAGAUGGAGAAGGCUAAGAAGGAGGACUUCCGCGUGGAGGAAGAACUACGUUCACAAAAAGUGAAGUACGAGGAGGCUAGCGACGACGUACUGCGUCGCAUGCAGGACAUCAAAGAAGCCGAAACCGACAAUGUUAUGGACAUGGGGGUGUUUUUGGACGCCCAGCUUGAAUACCAUGAACGGUCCCGUGAGGCCCUCCUGCAGCUCAAGAAUGAAUGGGCUGGAUACAGCCAAGCACAGGCUCCUCCCCGUCGUCCGACCCGUGCUCGUUCCAACACUGCCCACUCGUACCAGGAACGGUAUGAGCCGUUGCAGGAAGAGUUGAUGAAUGCCACGGAGACUCGGCCUCCCAUCCGAUCAACCAGAUCGAUUACGCCAUACGCCGAGUCGCCCCCGCGAGAGACCUACGGGAAUACCAGUGGGGUCUCACAUCCGGUUCUCAACAGAGUUCCCACCUUCGAAGGUCCGGCUCAACUGCGACAAGAACAAGCGCCAGUUGCAUCACAGUGGAUCCAGCAGCGAACUGCCAGCGAAAAUCUGGGCGGGUUUGGACGUCGAAGCAGCACUCAAGUUGGAAAUGGUCGAAUCUCUGCUGAUCCUUAUGCCGACUCCGAAGAGGUCAGCUCAUAUGGCCGUUCUAGCCCCGAGCGGAUGUUUAGCGGGGGCAGGUCCAUCUCCCCGGCAACGUCUCACGGCAGCGUGCCAUCCCGGAGACCCAGCGCAACCAACUUGAACACUAUUGGAUUGAAGAAGGCUCCUCCUCCACCUCCACCAUCUCGUGCGAAGAAGCCCCCUCCACCUCCACCCAUGAAGCGGUCCCUUCUAGCUGCACCAAAUGCGUAAAGGAACGUUCUGAAAGUGCAUCUUACGUCCGUUCUUGAUCUUGAGCAUGGGGUUUUGGAGUUUGGGAGCUUAUGAUAGGUUGUGGCGGUGGUAUCUAUUCUUAUCAUUCCGUCACUAAUCCCUUGAGUCUUACAUGGGAUUGUUCUGUCCUUUCCUUGAUUGUUCUUUCUGGUUUGCUUUUGCCAUGUUGGGUUGAUUCCCAUGGAGGUCUGGAGGAUUCCCCGGCUACUAUUAGUCUCAACGCAGAGUUAGUAGGAUGACGAGAAACGUGGAUACAUGCGUCUCCUAGAGAAUAGGUAAAUCCAUUGAAGCCUUUCUUCACAUUUUGGAAGUGUAAUUAGGUAUUAUCUUCGGUCGUGUAGAUACCCGUGAACAUCAAGGGUGGAUCCGGGUGUGUCUAACUUUACAAUGUAUUGUCAUUUGUAUUGUUA